UGUCUAUCAGCAAUUAGGCAUGAUAACAAGAAGAUUAGCUGCCGCGAGAAUUAAUAAUACGCUUUCAAAAAGCGUAUAUCCAAGUAGUAUAUGUAGAAAUUACAGUUCAGAUGCUAGUAGGAGACACAAAGCGGUAUAUAGAGAGAUAUACCCAGCGAUGAUAAGAAUUGGUGUGGUGGCUAUGAUUGUCUAUUAUGGAUUACAAGUAUCCUGGUCAUAUCUCUACAAGCAGCGUCUUGAGAUUGAGCUUGAAAAGCAAGUAAAGGAGUUGGAGAACAAAGUAGACGAUAGAUACUACGGUAAUAGUAAACUAGAUGCUCUGGCUGAAGCACCAAAGUCUACAAUAUCACAGCUCAGAUCGUGGAUUGGAUUGUAGGCAGUAUAUGAAUGUGUAAUUACAGUACAUCGUCAUCCGUGUCUAUUACGAUAGCCAUCUAUCUAGUAGCUAAUAAAAAUGCAAACAUGCACUAUGUGUCUCCG